AUGGUUGAAGGAGACAACUCUCCUAAAGAUAAAAGCGAGAUGUCUAAAGUCAAAGGUGUUGAAGCCGCAACGCCGUACUCUCUUCAUGCCUCCGAUAAUCCGGGAGCUAUGAUAACGUCUGUGACGUUAACUGGAGAAAAUUACAGUGAAUGGUCAAGUGAGAUGACCAACGCUUUGCGAGGAAAUCGCAAGUUAGGUUUCGUCAAUGGCUCUGUUCCUAAGCCUGCUUCAGAUGAUCCCAACCUGGAGCUUUGGCUCUCUGUCAACUCCAUGAUCGUGAGAUGGAUCAGAACGUCCAUAGAACCUCGCGUACGGUCCACGGUGACGUUUGUGCAGGACUCAGACAAACUUUGGGAGAGUCUGCGUAAACGGUUCUCGGCUGGUAACAAAGUUCGUGUAAAUCAUCUGAAGGAGCAGCUUGCGUCGUGUCGUCAAGAAGGAAAAUCUGUGAUCGAUUUUUUCGGACGUUUGUCUAAAUUGUGGGAAGAACUCGACAUGUAUCAGCCUCUUCCAAACUGUACAUGUUCUGCGGCUGCAGAGAUAGAAAAGACCAGAGAAACAGAGAAGAUGCAUCAGUUCGUAAUGGGAUUAGAUGAAAGCCGUUUUGGCACGAUCUGCCAAACAGUCAUCUCUUCCGAUCUCGACAUGGAAAUAGGAGAAAUCUAUGCGAAAAUUGUUAGAGAAGAGCAGCACCUGAACUUAGCUAAAGAUCGUGAGGAGCAACAAACUGCUGUGGGUUUUGUCGCUAAAACGGAAGCUGAUCAAACAAGCUUGCGUCCCAACGGUGGAAGAAGAGUUCCUCAAUGCACACACUGCGGGCGUAGAGGUCACGACAAAUCAGGUUGCUGGCAAGUUAUUGGAUUUCCUGAAUGGUGGGAAGAGCGUCCCCCAAACAGAGGAAGUGAUGGAGGAAACAGAGGAGGAUCUCGAGGUAGUAGAGGUCGUGGAUCUUCCAGCGCUGAUCGUCCAAGAAACUCUGGUGCUCGAGCAAACGCUGCACACGCCACAACAUCAAACUCAUCCUCAUUCCCAGAAUUUUCAGAUGAACAGUGGAAGGUAUUGUCUCAGAUGAUAAGUGAGAGGACUCGCGCACCUUCGGACAAGCUUAAUGGUAAGCUCAGACACGGAGACUUAAUACUAGACACGGGCGCGUCUCAUCACAUGACAGGAGACAGCUCGUGGCUAGCUAACAUCUCGAGUAUAUCACCGUGUCUUGUUGGCUUCGCAGAUGGAAACAAACCUAUGCGACUCAUAUUGGAGUUUUACCAUUAA